CGCUGACCGUGACCCCGCGACCCCGAUGUCCUCGCGCAGGAUGGCGGCCCUCCGGGCUCUGGUGGCGUCCAGGCUAGCGGUGACCGCCGCCUUCGCACCGCGCCCCGGCCUGCGUGCGCUGCCGUUCGGCGGAGCGGCGCAGUCCCCGCGCGCGGCCUUCCACGCCUCCGCGCCGCGCCCCGUGGCCAGGGUCGCAGUGGUGCUGUCCGGAUGCGGGGUCUACGACGGGACAGAGCUCCACGAGGCCUCAUCGAUACUGGUUCACCUGAGCCGUGCGGGGGCCGAGGUCCAGAUCUUCGCUCCUGACAUCCCUCAGAUGCACGUGAUUGACCACACCAAGGGGCAGCCUUCUGAGGGCGAAACCAGGAAUGUUCUGACUGAGUCCGCGAGGAUCGCCCGCGGCAAGAUCACCGACCUGGCCAAACUCAGCGCUGCUAACCACGACGCGGCUGUCUUCCCCGGGGGCUUCGGAGCCGCCAAAAACCUGAGCACGUUCGCCGUAGACGGGGGCGACUGCAAGGUGAACAAAGACGUGGAACGUGUCCUGAAGGAGUUCCACCAGGCCGGGAAGCCCAUCGGCUUGUGCUGCAUCGCUCCCGUCCUCGCGGCCAAAGUGCUCAGAAGUGUCGAGGUCACCGUGGGCCACGAGCAGGAGGAAGGCGGCAGGUGGCCGCACGCUGGGACCGCGCAGGUCAUCAAAGCCCUGGGUGCCAAGCACUGCGUGACGGGAGUGACCGAGGCUCACGUGGACCGGAAGAACAAGGUGGUCACGACCCCGGCCUUCAUGUGUGACACGGCCUUCCACCACAUUCACGACGGGCUCGGGGCCAUGGUGAGCAAGGUGCUGGAACUCGCCAGCAAGUGAGGCCCUCGGCGCGGGGCUGCUCGCCUGUCAGCUUGGAACCGGGCAGGAAUUGAUUUCUUCGCUUAAACCUGCAGGCAUUUUCUUUGUAAGGAGGGCGCUCGCGAUACGCUCGGGGUCCGGGGUAGACUCCCUCUCAAGGAGUGAGGCCGGGGCGGCAGGGCCCGCCGUCUGAGGGGCGCUGGCACCUGGCCUCGUGUGCAGCUUCCAGCUUGAGGUCAAGUCUGCCUUUCUGCGCCAGCAGGAGGGCGAGAGAGGACGGCAGUCCUAGGCCGGGCUCGCGUCAGAGCCCCUCACUCAGUAUUCGGAAGGAAACAGUCUUUAAGUUUGUAAAUGUAAUAAUCAGGAAGCCAGAAUGCCGCCUCCUCGACAAUUAAAGCUUCUCUAACCUGGA